AUGGCUUUUAAAACAAUUGUGCAAUUAUUUUGUAAAAUUUUUAAAAUAUAUCAAGAUAUAUUUAAGGAUGAAGAGAAAACCUUUUUUAAAGAUAUUGGUAAUUCUUUACUAACAAAAAGGUCAAAAAAAACUGAGGCACUGCAAAAACUUAUGCAUAUCCGACCUGAUCUUAAAGGAAAAUCAGUUUAUUUUUUUCCAACGUUAGAUAGAUAUUUUGAAGGCAUAUUAAUGUUUGAUGCGAAAGAAAAAAAAGCCUAUGUAUAUAGUGUAAAAAAUGAUCGCAAAUAUGAGACUUUUUUUAAGUGGAUGAUUGGAUUAAAAAAUCAAAAAUUAUUCAAAGGAAAAAAAUCGUCUCUUACAACUAUUUUUUUGGAAUCCAAUCCUACCAGUCCAUCAAUUGCAUCAAUUUUACGCGAGUCAGAUUAUCCUUUAUAUUGGAAAUCAUCUAUGCUUAUGAGUCUUGAAGAUAUUUUCAUGUUAAUUCAAGAAAAUAUUUUGCUGGGAGGAAAGUUUGCUGAAAUUACAGCACAGAAGAUUAAUGGGGGUCUUGAACUUUAUUUUUUUAAAAAAGAAGGCAAAUCACUAGAAAAAAAAAUAUUAUUUAUAGCAAAAGGUAUUUUACUUGAAUAUGAAGUAUAUAUUCUUAAUCAUGUAUUGCAAGGAACGCAUCUUCCCUUUCCAGUUAAGGCAGGGAAAAGGACUCUCAAUGAUAUAAAAGAUCUUAUUCAAUAUGUUUUUUCUCUUAAUAUUUGUUAUGGACAAAGUACCACUGGUUUGGAAGAUGUAACAUAUGUACGAGGAACUCAACUAGUUAAUAAUGCACAAAACUCUAGUAAAGAACAUACUCCUUUCGCUUUUUUAGAAAAACAAGGUCAGCCCGAUGAAGCAUAUCGGCAUGUAGAUUGUAUGUUUAUAGUGAAAAGUAAGAAUAAAAAUAUAUGUGAGAAUUGUGAAAAAUUGAAAAAGACAAUGCAACAAAUUCACCGAAGAAUUUUAACUGGUAAAAAUUCUAUAAAAGUUAUACAUGCAUCCAAAAAUCUUCUUAUAGAAAAAAGAGUAGAAAAGGAAGAAGUAAAAAUAUCAGAUGAGAUGGCAAGCGUUGUUCAUGAUGUUACUAAAAAUAUUACUAGCAAAAAUACAGAUAUUUCACAUUUUCAUCCUAUUUUUGAGGAACUUAUUCGUAUUCAAACAGGAAAAUCAAAUGGAACAAGAUAUCAUCCAAUGUUUUUACGUUGGGCCAUAUCAGUUUAUAGCAAAUCUGGACAUGCGGCUUAUAGUGCAAUGAAAACAAUUAUGCGUUUACCAUCAAUAUCUACACUUAAAAGUUAUAUAAACGAAAAUGAACAAUGUUCGGGAUGGCAAAACAAAAUUGUUAGUCAGAUAUUAGCAAAUUUAACAGCAAACAAUAUUUGGGGAUAUGGACAGGUAGGGUUUUUUUCACAUGACUCUUUUAAAAUUCAAAAAGGUCUUCUUUGGGAUCAACGUAAAAAUUGUUACGUUGGUUAUUUGGACUUUGAAAAUGAAAUGCAAGAAUAUAAAGAAUUUGCUAUACAAUGUCAAAAUGAAGUUGAAUUUUCAACAGAAAAAAAUUAUUCACCAAAUUCAUUUGAUCAAAAAUAUGGACUUGCAACUCAGAUUCAUCAAUUUGUUUGGCAUUCAAUAACACAUAAUUUUUCCUUUCCUAUAGCCUAUUAUGGCAUUAAUAAUAUAACGGCACACAACUUAAAUACUUUAAUUUUUGAUCUUGCAGCAAAAUUAGAAUGUGUGGUAUACAGUCAACUCCCUCUAUAG